AUGGAAGAUUACCUUGAUCUUAUGAGAUGUUUUGAAGUUAAGAAGAGAGAGAUAAAAGCAUCAAGUGAUAGACAAGUAACUAUAAAGAUACCUGCAGCUUUGAUUGACCAGACUAAGGAACUCACUGGAAAAACAGUCCGAGAAAAGAUACAAUAUACAAAAUAUAAGGACCAAGUAGAGCUUACAGGUGAUAAAAUUAGACUUGAUCCUGAUAUCAUGAAAGGAUUCUUUACAGAAUCGUUGGAAAGCAUUGUCGACCAUUUAAAGGAUCUCUUUCGUUUACCGCAGUUGCAAGAAUGUCAAACAAUACUUAUGGUAGGCGGUUACUCCGAGUCGUCCAUUCUUCAGGAAAGAAUAAGAACUUGUUUCCAAAAGAAGAAUGUGAUAAUACCAGCUGAUGCAGGACUUGCUGUUCUAAAGGGAGCAGUAAUUUUUGGUCACAACCCGUCUUUUAUUGCGGAAAGAAUAUGCAAGUUUACGUACGGAACUGAAACCUCACAUGUCAAGGACAGUUCAUGCACCCAUCGUGAAACUACAACUUUUAUUGCAGAAGGUGAAGAAUUUUGCAAUGAUAUAUUUGACGUCCAUGUUCGUGCUGGAGAUGUUGUCCAAGUAGGUGAUUGGCAAGAAGAACAGUUAUAUACACCGGUUUAUCCGACACAGACGUCUAUAUCGUUUGGUAUUUAUUGUACAAAGAAUCGCUCACCUGAACUAGUAAACUGA